GGCGCCAUUUCAUUGCGGAGUUGCUCAGUGGUCUUCCAGCGCAAGUGCAGCGUGAACAGUGGUGGAAAAAUUGGAUUGUAAUAACACUCCGCCUUCAGCCCGAUGGAAGCGGCCGUCAACCUGCCUCACGACAGCUCUCUGGUCGGGUUGUCCAGUGGUGGGAUGGAUCAACACAGCAGUUCGGGCAAACGCAUUCGCAAGCCCUCCUUGCUGUACGAGGACUUUGAGAGCCCAUCUCUGCCGCACACGAUGCCCCAGGGACCCCCUGUCCCACCGCAACCCCCAGUGAAGGAUCCCAGCCGGCCAGGCCGCAUGACCAACCAGCUGCAAUUUCUCCAGAGGACGCUUAUGAAGUCUCUAUGGAGGCAUCACUUUGCCUGGCCUUUCCAUGAGCCUGUGGAUGCCUACAGGCUUAACCUGCCAGAUUACCACAAAAUUAUCAAACAGCCCAUGGACAUGGGGACCAUCAAAAAACGUCUGGAGAACAACUUCUACCGGAGUGCAAGUGAGUGCAUACAGGACUUCAACACAAUGUUCACCAACUGCUACAUCUACAACAAGCCGACUGACGACAUUGUGCUGAUGGCCCAGUCUGUAGAGAAGAUCUUUCUCCAGAAGGUGGCCCAGAUGCCCCAGGAGGAAAUUGAGCUGCCUCCACCCGCUCCUAGAAGCAAGAACAGCAGGGGAAGAGGUCGCAAAUCUGCAUCGAGGGCUCAGCAGGUGCCAGCGGUGUCCCAGUCUGCCUACUCCCCUUCUUCCUCAGACACCGGGGAGUCCAUGCUGGCCAACUCUCCGCAGACGGUGCUGACUAAAAGCCUGCCUCCGGCCAACAUCAUGGGCCUACCUCCUACACAGCCCACAACUAAGAAAAAAGGUGUCAAACGUAAGGCAGACACCACCACCCCCUCCACCAUGGGCUUGACAGUGGGCAUGUCAGGAGCAACACACAUGGUAGGCUUAGGGAAAGGAGGCCACGGGGGACAAGUCCAUGACACCUCCAUGCACUCCAUCUCAUCCAUGGGCGGUAUGAGCUUGGAGACCCCACCUGGGAUGGGCUUGGUCAGGAGCCCUGGAGGUCCCGUUCUGCUCCAGCCAAUGAUGGCAGGCACUGGACGCAGAGUGGGCAGCGGACGCCCCAUUAAACCCCCCAAGAAGGACUUGCCUGAUUCUGUCCAGUCUCAGCCCUCGAGGAAGGGCAAACUAAGCCCUCAGCUGAGGUACUGCAGUGGGCUGCUGAAGGACAUGUUAUCAAAGAAGCAUGCUGCGUACGCCUGGCCUUUCUACACACCGGUGGAUGCAGCAGCACUGGGACUUCAUGACUAUCAUGAUAUCAUUAAGUGUCCCAUGGACCUCAGCACCAUCAAGAGGAAGAUGGACUGUCGUGAAUACAGGGACGCUCAACAGUUUGCCAGCGAUGUCAGACUCAUGUUCUCCAACUGCUACAAGUACAAUCCACCUGACCAUGAUGUUGUGGGCAUGGCACGGAAGCUGCAGGAUGUGUUUGAGUUCCGUUUUGCCAAGAUGCCAGAUGAACCACAUAUGGAUCACACAGCCAUGUCAAUCAGUGGCCAUCCAACAUCCUCGUCCUCCUCUUCUUCCUCCUCCUCGUCCUCAUCUUCCUCCACCUCCGAGAGCGAGCCGAGCAGUGAGAGUGAAGAGAGUGAGAGCAGCCCCAACUCGGACAGCGAGGAAGAGCGAGCACAUCGCUUGGCCGAGUUACAGGACCAGGUGUGCACACAACUCAGAGCCAUGCACGAGCAACUAGCUGCCCUCUCCCAAGGCCCCAUCAUCAAGCCCAAGAAGAAGAAGGAGAAGAAGGACAAAAAGGAGAAGAAGAAAAAGAAGAAGCUGGAGAAGCGAAGUCGAGGUGGCAGAAGCAGAGCUGGCUCUGAGGAAUGGAAAAUGCCUGGCAAGAUACUGAAAAGCAAGUCUGCUAGAGCUGGUGGCUCCCAGCCCAAGAAAGCCCAGGGGAAGAAGAGUAACAAGAACAGCAAGACCACAAAGAAGCCGUUCUACCCCCCAGUGGCCCCUACCAUGCUGCCGCACUACGACUCCGAGGAAGAGGAGGAGAUUGUGCCCAUGUCAUACGAUGAGAAGCGUCAGUUGAGCCUCGACAUCAACAAGCUGCCGGGGGAGAAGCUGGGUCGCGUGGUCCACAUCAUUCAGUCCAGGGAGCCUUCACUGAGGGACACCAACCCCGAGGAGAUUGAGAUUGACUUUGAAACACUAAAGCCAUCGACACUGAAAGAGCUGGAGCGCUACGUCAUGACCUGUCUGAGGAAGAAGCCCCGUAAGCCCUACGCUGAGCAAGCAGCAAAGAAAGGCAGCGUUGGCAAGUCUAAAGAGGAGCUGACUCUGGAGAAGAGGAGGGAGCUGGAGAGGAGGCUGCAAGAUGUCAGUGGGCAACUCAAUUCUGUCAAGAAACCUGCUAAACCUAAAGUUGAGAAGCCCAGUGCUGUAGAGACUCACACCCAGCCCACACGCCUCAGUGGCAGCAGCUCCAGCUCCGAUUCCUCUUCCUCGUCCUCCUCCUCCUCGUCCUCAGACACCAGUGAUUCAGACUCUGGUUGAGAUCCUUAGCACUGGCUAAGAGAGAAUACACGAGUAACUCAGGGACUUGGGCUGGCCCAGGACACAACACACCCUGAAACAGUAGUGGGCUGAGAUAUUGGAUACCAUGGUGAAAAACAAUCCAAGGGGACUUAAACGUUUUGAAUGUGGGACUGUGGGAUGUGAAAUAACGUCUCUCUGGAUAAUCAUAGAACCCAAACACUAAAUGCCUUUGUUUCCCCUUCCUCCCCUUUGUAAAUACUUGUACAAAUUUAUGUUUCUUUUAUAAAGAAGAAUUUUAUGGUGAUCCCCCAAAGAGGGAAGCGGAGUAAUAAAGAAGGACGUGGAAAGACAGACCUAACUCCAGAUCUGCUUUGGCUGGCCUUACGCUGUGUCGUCUGUGGUGAGGGAAUGGAGGAGUGUUUAUUUAUUUGUUUUCUUCACCCACAUUUCCUCAGAUGGAAAUACUGGAAUUUGAACCAGCAACCUUUGGUUACAAGCCUUGCUUUUCUAACAUCUGGCCUUCUACCACGCUUCAUUUUAGAUCAACCCCUAGACUCAGCCUUAAUUAUCUGGAUUGUUAAGAGUUAUAUUAUUUGGAAAAAAUACAAUAUUGUUAAGGAGCUGCAAGAUUAUUUCUCAUGUUCAGGUCUAAGAGCUGUUGAGCAGUAAAUAAAAACAGUCAUAUCUGCCAAUUCUGGUCACAAUUUUCAGUUGGUUACAGCUCUAGUUCUGGAUCAUUUCUCUUUUAUGUUUACACACAUUGCAGUUAAAUCUCAGUUUGACAUUGAGCUUUAUGCUGCAGUCUGUUUUACAGCCUGUACUAAUUGUUUAUUGAUAACAAAGUGACUUCAUGCAGUAGGUCUGUAUUGAAAUGGCAUAACAUACUGUAAUGACAAAGUUUGCAAUUAAGUAACACUCAUUCAGUUUGUAUUGAUUUUGAUGGCUGCACUAUUCUCCUAUAUGCCCACCAGCCAAUUUAAGACAGGCUAGUCUUAUAAAUAUGACACUAAUUGAAGUACUGUCUUCAGUAUUUUGAAAUCCGUUCUUGCUGUUCAGCUUUGACGUUCUCAACAUCAUCAAAUUGAACUGAAGUGUGCAUCUAUUUCUGAAGAGCUGAAUGUUCUGACUAUAGUGCAGGUUUCUAAUUUCCACAUUAAUCUGAAGUCUUGCAUUACUUGUUUUUGAAAACAUCUGUAGCACUUAAAAACAGUGAAUGUUCCUUAAAGAAAUCUUUUGGCUGCUCGGCACUUACUGGAACAAAUUAUGUUGACUGAAAAAACUGAAUUUGAAUAACACUACAAGUAAAUAAAGACUAAAGAUAAUCUUAGACAUAAAGAGACAAAGUCCUUUAUAGUCAUGCAUAGUUGAAGCUGUUGUUGAAUGUUCAGUGAAAGAAUAUAUUCUUGUAUAUACUUAAACUGUAUUUGCUGUUGCACAAACUAUUGUAUUUCUGCUGUUCAGUCUGUUUUUUAGUUACCUUGUUUUUUUUUUUGUUUUUUUUUACAUGCUGUUAUUUCUCAUUCCAGUUAACUGUCUUUGUUGUUAUCUGAAGAGCGUUCACAUGAGCAUUGCUGCCUCUGGUCAAGCAGGUUAUUGCCUCUCAGAAGCAUAUCUUUCAUUUGGCAAGUGUGUUUAUUAAAGUAUUCUCUUGUGUAGAAAGAG